UCGGAAUGAACACGAACGAACGGUCAAUGGAAUGAAGGGAUUCAGAUUCGGGGAGGAAAAGUUGAAGAAAGUUAUAUAAACCAAUCUUGAAAGAUUUAACUAUUUUAAACUCGGAGUUCCAAUUAAAGGAAGUAGCAGCUGGUCUUCGUCCCUUUCUUCCUUUGAAGGCGAAAGUCAGAUUAUCGACCAUUGAAAUUGAUCAGCUUCCCGAAGAAAUCUGAGAAUGAACAACAAAGUCAUCUACACCAGCUAAGACGGUAACCGUUCAAGAAUCCUGAUAGAUCUUGUUGUUUAUGUGAUUUAUUGUAGUCUACCGAUAAACAGGGGGAAUGGAAUGUGUAAUCUGGGAUCUGCUUCUUCUUGUUCUACGUUUUGGGUUGCGGUAGGUUUAGUAUUUGAUGAUUAUCUCCACCUUCUACUCCAGGCUAUUUUGCUGAAUAUUAGCGAUCUCGAGGGCGAGGUGGUCGAGGAUGGCUGAUGGAAUAUCAAGUUUCUGGGGUCCUGUCACAUCUACAAUAGAGUGUUGUGAGAAGAAUUAUGCUUUUUCUUCUUAUAUUGCCGAGUUUUAUAACACAAUAUCAAACAUCCCAACCGUUCUUUUGGCUCUGAUCGGUCUUGCAAAUGCUUUGAGACAAGGUUUUGAGAAGAGAUUUAGUGUACUUCACAUAUCAAAUAUGAUACUGGCCAUUGGCAGCAUGUUCUAUCAUGCCACAUUGCAGAAAGUGCAACAGCAAGGUGAUGAAACACCAAUGAUCUGGGAAAUGCUUCUUUACAUGUAUAUUCUCUAUUCACCAGAUUGGCAUUACCGAAGUACGAUGCCAACAUUCCUCUUCCUAUACGGGGCCAUUUUUGCUGUGGCUCAUUCAAUUCUUCGUUAUGACAUCGGUUUCAAGCUGCACUAUGUGAUUCUUUGUCUCCUCUGCAUACCUCGAAUGUAUAAGUAUUAUAUAUACACAGAAGAUGCCUCGGCUAAGCGGUUAGCGAGGCUGUACUUGCUGACUCUUCUCUUAGGCAUUUUCUGUUGGGUAAUCGAUCGGGGUUUCUGUGAGAAGAUAUCACAUUGGACCAUCAAUCCUCAAGGUCAUGCCCUGUGGCAUGGUUUCAUGGGUUUGAGUUCCUACUUUGCUAACACAUUCUUAAUGUUUUGCCGGGCGCAGCAAAGAGGAUGGGCACCAAAAGUUCUUCAUUUAAUGGGAAUUCUCCCCUACGUGAAGAUUGAAAAACCCAAAACCCAGUAAGAAGACACGAAUUUGAAGACAAAUUAUGACAAUUUUUGACCUGUGUUGAGUGUACCCUGGAGGUAGAGAAGAAAAAGCAUGCAAUCUUUUGGGCUAUGUUACUUCUUUUCCUUCUUUUCACUGUAAGGAAUGAAUAGAAACUUAGAUUUUUGUAGUACAAAUAACAGCAGUUACGUAUUAUUGUUCAUUGACGACAGGGCUUGAUUCUCGAGGAUUUAUGCGUUACAGAGUGACUUAGCAUUUAACUCUUUCACAGAGCUGAAGCGCAACAUCUGUAAAAUAUUGCAGUAUGUUCAAUCUAUUUUACUCCCUGUAGUUUUCUUUUAA